CUCCUCGCGCCGCCGCCAGGUAAGCAGCCAGUUCCACCGCGCCUCAUCCCCCAAGCCCGACGCCAUGGCCGGGAGGAGCCGGGGCUCUCCUCCGGCGUAGCAAGCUCGCCGGCGACUCCUUCUUCCUCCACGCGCAUCGCGACGCCUCCGCGACUCCAUUUCGCGUCCUCCCCGAUCCGGAUCGCCGCGCCCUGUCUACCUCCCCUGCUUCAUCUUCUUCACGGAGCCGAGCUUCACCACGAUCAGCGCGUCCUCGAGUCUUCUCCGUCGCGUCUCCGGCCGCCUCGUCUUGUCCUACGGGACCUAGAAACAGUUGUUAGCCAAGAUGUGGGUGUUCAACAUAUUGGGAUCUUUCUGGGAUCUUCUGAUCAAGAUACGCGCGUUCAAGAUGUUUGGAUCUUUCAAGGAUCGUCUGAUAAAGAUGUUGGCAUUCAUCGGCGGCGUUACGAGUCUGUUUCUUGUGGGUAACAGCGUCUCGGAUCCAUCACCAGUGAUUGAGGCACUCCGCAGCCUCAACGCAACAUCCAUAACGUGCGACGCCAAACAAGUGGCUCAUCACUACAAGAACCUGGCCUUCGAUGUUACUUUUCUCUCCAUCGCAAUGGCCCUCGCAGCUUGUAUUGUUUAUCUUGUCAAGAUCAUCGUUGAUGCCGGUGCCCAUGAGGCCAUGAAGAAGAGCAGGAGCUACGCGAGGCCGGUCCCACCACUGCCGCGCAGGCUGCCAUUGAUCGCACCCUCGCGCCUAAUGCUUCUAAGGCCGCCUCGGAUGCCGAAGCAGAGGCUGUCCAGGCCGAAGCGGACGCCAAGCGCGUCGCCGCGGAGAUGUGCGCCGCCUUCGACAACGCCCUCAAGGUCAAAGAGAUCGCCAGAUCCGACGCCAAUCAGGCAAUCGAAGCUGCCCAAGCCGCCGAUGAGAAUUUGGCCCAAGCCAAGGCCAACCCUGUCGACGACGUCGUUGCCGCGCAGAAGAGGAUCGAGGACUUGGAGAUGGCUGUCGACGAGGCGGCUAAGGCGGCAACUCAAGCCGAGGAGACAGCUGCAAAGGCGGACAAGGAGCUCGACUUCAUCGACAAGGAUCUCAAGGAAGCAAACGACGAGGUGAAGCGGAAGACCGAUGCGACUCGGGCUGCCAAGAAACACGCCGAGGCUGCAAAGAAGACCGCCGACGCCGCCAAACUCAAGACCGGUAUGGCCCGUUUCCCUCUCUGGAAGAGGUUGAUUCUGCCUGUUUCAGUUUGCCAUCAUAGUAUGCUUGUACGCUUGUGUUGUCGCAAUCUUUUCUUUCACGGAGCUGCUUGAGUACAAGACUGAUUGUGUUCGCUUCGAGGGCGAUUCAGGGAGUCGCCAUGUUACCCGUACAGCCUUGUCAGUCUGCAAGUACAUGUUGUUUGUGGCAUUCUGCUGCCUCCAUCUCAUGAUCUUUCUUGGGGCAUGUUGCAAGAACUGAGUAUGGCAGAUGUAGAGAUGAUAAUGAUGCAGUGUUGUAAUUGUAUCGGGAUAUAUGUCCUUCUGGCUCUGUCUAGAAUUGGGCUGCAU